UGACUGGGAAGUCCAUUGACAGCAGACUCUCAGGCCCCUUCCACACAUCCGAAUAAAAUCCCACAUUAUCUACAUUGAACUGGGAUAUAUGGCAGUGUGGACUGAGGGCCCUUCUACACAGCCCUAUAUCGCAGAAUAUCAAGGCAGAAAAUCCCACAUUAUCUGUGUGAGAUCUUGGCAAGUAAUUAUAUAUGUACAUAUAUACCCAUGAUGGAGGUCAUUGUAAACUGGCUUCGGAGGAAUGCAGAAAAUGCAGAUAGUAUUAAUUAGGUAUUUAAAUCCUUGCUGUGUUAUAGAUUGCAAAUAAAAGAGAAUCAUAGCUUCAACUUUGGGAAGGGAUGAUCUUGUGUUAUUUGGCACCAGGCAGAUGUUGUUGCUUGUUGCCGGCAUGAAGGUCAGGCUGAGUGGUUCUGGAAUCCAGGCAUCCUCUAACAACCUGUCAAAUAAACAUUAUUUACAUGAUUAUACAAGCCCAAGUAGGAUUUAACAGUAUUGUGUGUCAGGGGUAGAGUUUUCAGCUGCCUGGGAUGUUUUUGCAAAAUGGCUAACAGAACUAAUAUAUCUGAUUAUAUUUGGUCUUAUGAAUAUUACAUGGAUUAUUUAGACCCAAUUCCAGUUGAUGCAAGCAAACUGAAGGCAAACAGACAUUCGAUUAUCAUAGCUUUUUGGAUUGGGCUGGCAUCUUUUGUGGCAUUUCUCUUUUUCAUUUUGUUCUACAUGUCGCAGUCUGAUUCUCCACUGGGGAAGAAUCGAAGACUAGAGAAAAGAUUUCUGAGAAAUUAUUCAAAGAAUAUCCAUCAAAAUCUUGGCACAAACCACGAUAGACCAACUUCUGAUGACAACAGAGUGGAAGAAAUUGAAGGGAUCUGCUCAGAUAGUAGGUCACCAUGUCAUAGUCUGAAUAAUAUGGUUUGAACGUUCAUCAAAGUUUAUACAAAAAAUAUAUUACAAUAGAAGUUGCCUAGAAGGAGCUUCAUUAAGAAUAAGUAAUCAAUUUAGUAUACUUGUUUGAAAGCAGAAGUUGCAAAAUGACACAAUCAAAAUUACCUAAGGUGUACAGUGAAAUGACAAUUUUUCAAUUUGAAUCAGAAGCAGAUUUAGAAUAAUAAGCAUGUAUGAAAUCGGUUUCAUUAAUCCCCCACAGAACAAAUAUUGCUAAUUUCUUCCAUUGUUACUCAAUGUUUUGUAUAAUAUAAUCUGUUAAUGACAGACUACCCUGGAAAUAUUUGAUUGCCUGUCCUAAUUUAUUUUCAAAACAUUAAAUGGAAAAAAAUUGAUAUGGAUUUUAUUUUUAUUGGAAUAUGCUGCAUUCUUCCUUACUUGUUCUAUCAUAAAUGCUUUUAAACCAUUUUAAAGUUACUUUUGUUUUUAAUAGGUGAAUUGAAUUUAUUACAAUUGAGUUGAACUGCAUUCUGUCUUGAUCUGUGUUGUGAAUUGUCUUGGAUCUCACAUUAGAAGCUCAGCUCACAAAUAAAUGAAAUAAAAGUAAUGAAAUGUUA